AUGGCUUCACCCCAAUCCUCCACCCAGUCUACCAAGGAUUUACAGCAAUCGCAAUUGGCUGAUAAUGCCUUCAACACAGCUAAUCCUAUGUCAUCCCGGGUAUCUCACGGUACGAAGGAUCGAUCUAUGUCAACUCCAGUGAAGGGUCUCAAGAAUUCUGGUAGUGCUACCCCGAAACUGUUCGACCAAGAGAAGACAGCUUUACCAGUAGACUCUCGCCACCAGCUGCAUCACAAUGGAAAAGGACAAGUUACAACGGGACUGCAAUCUCAACCGGCACCGAAACAUGAGCCCAUGUACAAAAAGUUAAAUCAUCUACUCCAUAUCCUAGAAAAUACCUUUUCAUCCAUCCAUCCAGCCUCAGGCACACAGAGAGGACCAACCUGGGUCUUCAUCUUGGUUCUUGCUUUCUUUCAAGGUUGUGUAGGGAUCAUCAUCAGCAUCUUAUCGCCAGUUUUCCUACCGAAGAAAUUUGAGAGCAGGAGCUCAAUGAUAGCUCCAACGGUUCCCACCAUACUGGUCACAUCUCCCAACAAACUCUCACUUGCACUCGACGCUCAAAAGCAUUCUGUACCACUUCUGAUUGCAGUCGAAUCGCAUUCCUUACCGGUCAUCGAUCUAUUGCAGCAGGAGGCAAUACACAUCAAGACUGAGAACUUGCCUCACCUCUUUGAUCAAAAGUCAUCGAAAAAGUCGUUUCGAUCUAAACUAGAAAAUAAACGAAUUCUCAACAAAGAAAAGAUCCAAGCUCAUAAACAUGCUAUCUGUGCUCUUGUUCGACCCAUUCUUCUUGAAAGUCAGGAUGUCUCAAUCCCUCGAUCCAGUUCAUCCGACUCAUCAUCAGAUAAUCGCCAUACUCCCUUACUCAAAAGAAUGACUAAGGGCAAUUCACAAAAAUCACGUAAAGAGGUAUUAGGUCAUCUGGAAUUUUCAAUUCAACGAGUUCGCCCCAAGCCUUGCCCGAACCAAUCAGUUGAGCCAUUUCUCAUUCGGGAGCGUGCUCAAGCUUCGGACAUUAGUGAAACCUCAACCAGUGGCUCGGACACAUCAAGCCCGAAGAUCUCACCCGAUGGCGUCUCUGCAAGCAAGGCACUUGCGUGGCCUAUGAUUGAAGUACCAGUUGUCAAACCAGAUUCGAUGCACCCCUUUCCUAUCCCCGUGAUUCAGAUACAGGAUGAAGACGAGAUGCUGCCAUCGUGUUCUUCGCCUAUCUCUUCACGCAGCUCUUCAGAGGCGUCAAAUCACGGCAUAGUUCCAAAUACCUCAUUUGAUCACACGCGUCAGAGAUGCCAGAGUGACUCUGUGCUACGUCUCAAGUCAUCACCAAAGACUUCUUCUUCUCAACAACUUCCACCACCAUCAGUAACCGGUCGCCCUCCCAUCACCCGGCAGCGUUGCUCACCUUCAAUUCCUUCGAAACUCGGACAUUCUUCUCUUCUCCGAGAUCUCGUUAAACCUCCGAACCGUAGCGUUUCUACCUCAUCCACGGGCUACAAAAUCAGAGGAAACCGUUCAUCUUCGAGCUGUUCUUAUGAUUCCGCUUCAACAAAUCCUUCAUCCGAUGACUUCUCACUCUCAUCUCGUGAAUUGGACUCAUCAGAAGAAGAAUUCACUGCAAUUCCUACCUCAUAUGCAAUGGAACCAGAUGAAAUUGACAUCAAGACUCCAAUUCCACCACAUGUUCCUUCUAACCAAUUUUAUAGAAUGCGUGGAAAUGCUAUGAGAGUCCUUUCAGCUAAAGUCAAUAGCCUUUCUCGUUCGUCUUCUAGUGCUAAAUUUCCUACACUCUAA